AUCGAUUAACUAGAUAUGAUUUCCAAACCACGAAUGUUCUGAGAUGCACGAUAGUCGAUUAUCACUUUUAUGAUAAUCGAUUGUUGGAAAUGACGGGGUAAAUAUGGCGGUGAUGAAGGAGUUCUUUUUGGUGUUUUGAUUUAUGAAGAUAGAAUAGAAUGUGGUAUAGGAAGAGAAAAUGGAGAGGAACGAAAUGGAUAGAGAACAAGGAUGGAUAAACCAAAUAAUGAAUAAGAGAUAAACACACUCUUAUUAUAUUUGGGGCUGAUAUCUAUUUCACACAAUAAUAAUCACUACUAAUGUAUAAAAUAGACUCCUAACACACACUCAAAAGUAGCCAACUUUAGAGAUAUUUCAUUAGGAAAUUUGGUUAAAAUAGUAUCACACUAUUUUAAGAGAAUACUCAAAAGAGUAAACAAAGUUUUUCAUUCAAUACAAUCUGCCUCUUAAUGGUUCAGAUGUCUGAAUGGUUAAGAGAUUUGCCUCUGAAUGAUUAAGUAUUAUACAGAGUCUGAAUGGUUAAGACCUCUUAUCUGAAUUGAUCAGACAUUUGCCUCUGAAUAGUUAAGCAAUAUACUAGCUCUUAAUGGUUCAGACCUCUUACUGGUUCAGCACUUAAUGGUUCAGACCUCUUACUGGUUCAACACUUACCGAUUCAGAAGUUGCCAAACAGCCCCUUAAAGUAAAAAGACUCAUUGGUAUUAACUAAUCGAGAGAAUUAAGACGGACCAAGUGAAACUUAUAAAUGCUUGUUGAAUGAUUAUAAAAGUUAUACUGUUGAGUAGGGAUCGACGAAUCAAAUCCAACGAUACAAACUGAUCUCAAUUCGGAGCAAGUUGACACGAAAAGUGUGUUUUACUCAGACACGUUAUUUUAAAUUACGGAGAGCAAAACCCUAGGCAUAUAUAUACUCUUUUCACGCGUUAGUUUUGGGCCUCCUUCUUCCCCGAUCGAGACACGCCGCUACUAGACCUAAUUUGUUUUCCUUCUCCGACGAACUCCGAUCACCAUCCCCCGCCACCACGACAUCGCCGACGGCCCCCCUUGCAUCUGCGACCAACGAUGACGCAAGCAACACGGACAGAGGCAACGAAUUGGACGAGGGCAGCAGCCUCCGGCGACUCCCUCUGUUCCGGCGAAGUCCAGCAGCGACGGGGAAGGGCGAUGUCGCGAGGCCAGUCGACGGCAACGAAUGGUCUCCACCGGAGGGCGACCUCCAUCUUUGGCGGAGAAUUUCCGGUCAGACAUAGGGGUGGUGGUGAUGAUCUCCACCGGCGACGAGGGUAACAGCGGCGAGAAGGGGGGGGAGUGGCCUCCAUCUUUUCCGGCGAAACAGUGGGGAGUCCAGCGAGCCUCCUCGGCUCCGGCGAAAAUAGCAGCGACGGCGUCUAGACGGCAGGCCGGCGACGGCUUCUGGGCAGCGACUCCGGCGAUAUCUGCUAUAUCUGCAAUGUCUCUUUUCACUACCCAAUCGCCAACUGGAGUUGUAAGUUUCCUUCUAGUUUCAAUCGGAUCUGUUAAGUAAAUGUACAUGUUGCUAGGUUUUUCUCAUUAAAGCCUAAUUGUUGUGGAUUUAUGGAAAGCUACAAAUUCUACAUCUACCGUGACUUAGCUUUGAUUGUGAAUAGAUGUCUACUGCGGCAGAGCAUGCUUAAUGAGACUGUUUGACUCAUUAGAGUAUAUUAAGGUCUAAUUUAUGAACUAUUCAGGAUAAUUGUUGGAGUUGUUUUAAGGUCAUGUGUGUGUUUUAGCAUAUUCAUAGGUGAUAUCUUCUAUUGUAAAUUUUACAGGCCAUAACCUCAUCAGGGUCAAAGAAAGGAGGUCGAUUUGUGGCUGAUCUUAAUAUUAAGCUUAAGAGCAAAAAGAUUACAAUAGAUAUCAAAGUUGAUAGCAACUCAAAUGUGAGUCUCUCCUUAUACAUUUGAUUCACAUAUAUAUAAUACAUGUAUCGCUUGCCUUGUUAGGAUAAUCCUUUGUUUAAAAUUUCAAAGGAGAGGAGUGAUAUGUUCAUGUAUGAUAUAUCUGUCAGUGUACUUAAGUUUAUAACGAGCAGAUUAGCGGCCUUUUGUCUACAUCAUCUCCAUCUUCAUCAAAGAAAUUGGAGAUUAAACAAGCUUCUGAAGGGUUUCACUACAUACCGGGAAUAGUAGAAGCUAGAGUUGAAAAUAUUAAUGAAGUAUGGGGUGUGUUGCAGGCUGGAAGCACGGGCUGUGGGAUCCAACAAUGUGAAUGAGCAUAGUAGCCGUUCUCACUGAUUCAGUGCUGGAUGUUAUUGAGGGGACAAAUAACUAAAUUAGGCAUGCUCAAUGGACAAUUAGAAUGUGAUUUUAAUUAUGUAAAUAUCAAAUUUGUAUGUAUUUAAAUAUUAUAUUGUACAUUUUGGAAUUUAUUUUUGUUUCAUAAUCAAUAUUUUAGAAUUGA